CCGCUAUAUCGAUGUGGGAAGCAGGAGAGGGGGAUCAUUGUUUGCGCGUCUGCCUAUCGCAAGCCGUCCGAGCUCUGCGGAGUAGCUCAGCCAUUACGGCUGGGGCAGUGUGUGGAUACACGGAGCGAGAGCCCGGACUUCUCCUCUGGGGCAAAAGUGGAUGUUUUCUGGGCGUGAGGUGGCAGCAAGUCCCGGGGGCGUCUGGCUGAUCCGCACGGAGGGGGAGCUCGCAGCCCGGCCGGAUUGUGCGUUCCAUUGUUAGAAUCCGGAGCGAAGUUUAAGCGUUCCGUGCGCCGGGAAUACGGAGACUGUUGAUUUCCUUUGGCGGGGAGGUGGGAUCGCGCGUCACGACCCCCGCAUCAUGACAUGCAGUCAGUAGAAGUCCCGAUCUCGGAGAGGAAGGCGCCCGGCUGCUGGGAGAUGCACGACUGGAGCCGCUUUCGGUGCCCCGGGAGUGACCCGCGACGGGUUAAAUGGAGUCUGCCCUCAGUAUGAUCCUCAACUCCCCAAACUUUGCUCAUCGCCUCCUAUGCUGCAGCCGGAGGGGGGCUGCGAGCAACAGCGUCUCCGGAUAAUCUCCUCUCCCGUCCCCGCUCUAGCCGCUGGCUCGUUCUCCGUAGCCCAGGAUGAAGGUGUUCCGCAGGAAGGCGAUCAUCCUCUGCCUGGGCUACAUCCUGCUGCUGGUGCUCACCAUGCUGAACCUGAUGGACAAAUGGCACAAGGAACCCCAGCAGUGCAACGACCAAGUGCGGUACACGCCGUACCAGACCCGCUCCGAUAUCCGCUACCUCUACCGACCCUCCCCGCCUAGGAAGAGGCAGCUGGUGUACGUGUUCACCACCUGGCGGUCCGGUUCGUCCUUCUUCGGGGAACUCUUCAACCAGAACCCCGACGUGUUUUUCCUGUACGAGCCGGUGUGGCAUGUGUGGCAGAAACUGUACCCGGGGGAUGCCAUGUCUCUUCAGGGGGCUGCCCGCGACCUCCUGAGUGCCCUCUACCGGUGUGACCUGUCCGCCCUGCAGCUCUACAACACGGCGGGCGCUAAAAACAUCAGCACCCUGGGCAUCUUCGGCGCAGCCACCAAUAAAGUCAUCUGCUCUUCCCCCAUCUGCUCGGCCUACAAGAAGGACGUAGUGGGGCUGGUGGACGACAAGGUGUGCAAGAAAUGCCCCCCACAGAGCCUGAGCAUGCUGGAGGAAGAGUGCCACAAGUACAACACCAUAGUCAUCAAGGGGGUGAGGAUCUUUGACAUCAACGUGCUGGCCCCAUUGAUGGUAGAUCCUUCCUUGGACCUGAAGGUCAUACAUUUAGUCCGGGAUCCCCGGGCCGUGGCCAGUUCCCGUAUAAAGUCCAGGCAUGGCUUGAUCAGAGAGAGCCUGCAGGUGGUCCGUAGCAGAGAUCCCCGGAUCCGCAGGGUUCCCUUUAUAGAUCCCGGGCACAAGCUGAACAAGAAGGACGGCUCUGACUAUCAUGCUAUAGGUGCCAUGGAGGUUAUCUGCAGCAGUAUGGGGAAGACCCUGAGGACUGCCCUCAACCCACCGAGCUGGCUCAAGGGUAACUACAUGGUGGUGAGGUACGAGGAUCUGGUGGUGGAUCCCAUUAAGACUUUGAGACAGGUUUAUGGCUUUGUAAAUCUCUCGGUAAGUCCAGACAUCGAGAAAUUCUCUCUGAACAUGACCAGUGGCUCCGGCUACUCCUCCAAGCCUUUCGUGGUGUCGGCUCGCAAUGCCACCCAGGCUGUGAGCGCCUGGAGGACACUACUUACCUUCCUGCAGAUCAGGCAGGUGGAAGAGUACUGCCAGGUGCCCAUGAACAUCUUGGGCUAUGAAACUGUCAGAAGCCAAGAAGAAGUCAAAGAUCUUGGCAAAUCCUUACUUAGGAAACCCAUGUUGUGACAACUUUGAGUCAAAAGAUGCAUUGCCUGCAAAAAAACCAACCCCACCAACUUCAUUGCUUCCUUAUUGGUAACUCCCCUGUCUAUCACUGCAGUUUAGCUCUCCUAGUCUUCUGAUCGACCAAGACAGUUUGAAGGGAAUCUGGAAGCUUUCCAUGUGUCUUAUGAUAGUCUACUCUAGUGCAUUUGGUGCCCAUAGAAAAAAUAUGUUCCAAGUGCAACUGUGUUUACUGGUUGAUGACAAUUGGGGAAGGAAAAGGGCAUUAAGAUGUUAGACAACAUCCAUUUAAAAGCUGGAUGCACAAAGUAUUUGUGUCACUGUUCUCCACAUCAAUACUGGGGAUGGAAAGCACCAACAUCCUGGUUUGUAAGAAAUGUGACCGCUUGUUGAGUUUACAAUGCUGGGUAGCAAGCACUCUAUAACAUACUCAUUGCAUAUGGCAUGAGCACCCCAAAGGGCAAUGCCAAAUGGAGCAAAAAGCCCAAUGGGAGGAUAUGCCUAAAUGUUUAAAGUGCUUAAUAAAAUGAAUAAUUUAUGUUCA